AUGGCUCUCACGCAAUACAUGCCCACAGCUGGCUGUGAGCACCUCGACGCCGACGCCACCAGCAAAAUCAACGCCUUCCGCGACAGCAGCAACCACCAGCUCGACCCAGACUUUGCGACGUACUCGUGCGUCUCGUGCUCUUUCUCCGGCAGCUUCGCGGCGCUGAACAAACACCUCUCCAAAACGCAGCAUGGGUUCGCCGUCUCCCACAAGGCCGUCUACUGCGGGCACUGCAACGACCUGGUCUACGAUCCGGCGUUAUUAGUCAGCGGUGGCGGUAAAAGCAGCGCCGUCAGCAGCAAGGUCAACGGAGUGAAGCGGAAGAUCUCCGAGACCAACGACGGGGAAGACGACUCGUACCUGACGGCGAACACCUCUCAGCGGCCGUGCGGCAGGACCGGCGUCCGUGGGCUGUUCAACUUGGGCGAGACGUGCUACAUGAACGCCGUGCUGCAGAUGAUGGUGCACAAUUCCCUGCUGGCAAGCUAUUUCUUGGGCAUGGGCCACCCGAUUCACACGUGUCCGAUCUCCAAGGAGCCCGACAAGAAGGAGAAGAACGACUCUGACGACGACGACGAGGAUGACGGAUCUGCAGAAGGCUCCCAGAAUAAGGAGCAGAAGACUUGCGUUGCUUGUGGCAUGACGGAGCUCUUCUCAGAUGUUACUAUGGUGGACCAGCCUCUCCCUGCCCACGCCGUCAAUCUGUUGUUCGCUUCGUGGAAAAAUAUUCCGCAAAUGUCCGGCAAAGGCCAGCAAGAUGCCCAAGAGUGGUUCAUGUGCAUUGUUGAUCGCCUGCACGAGGGAGUGGCCCAGUACAUCCCGGCUUCUGGAAACAAAUCCCACGCCACCAACCAGGCCAACGGGAUCGCCACGCUGGACAAGCAGUGCGUCUGCUUCUUUCACAAGGUCUUCUACGGGCGCUACAACAGCCAGAUCACCUGCGACACCUGCCACACGGUGUCAAGCCGAGAGGACGAGUUCUCGAGCAUUUCGCUCGAUUUCCAGAAACAGAUGAAGAAGAGGAAGAAAGGGGUCAAGGAUGCCAGCAAAGAAUCCGCCUCGAAAGACAAAGACGCCGGCGCCAACCCCAACCCCAACAAGGACAAUGAAGGAGGCAAGGACGACAAGGACGCGAAGAAGGGCGGGGACGGCACCAAAGCCUCGCACAAGGACAAGGCCGUGGACCUCAAGAUCACCAUCCCCACCAUCCAGGACUGCCUGCGCGCAUUCACGGCGCCCGAGCCCCUGUCGCCCGACCAAUACAAGUGCAACAACUGCAACACGCGGCGAUCGGCCUCCAAGCAGACGCGCAUCCGAAAGUUGCCCGCCAUCCUGUGCGUGCACGUCAAGCGGUUCGGCAUGAAGCAGAACGCCGGCGGUGUGUUCGGGCCCGAGAAAUACGAGGGCAAGAUCGACUUCGGCUUGCACCUGGACAUGGCGCCGUACACGACGCGGCCGCCGGCCAAAGGGCCCGAGGCGGCGGUGGUGAUCAAGAAGGAGAAGAAAGAUGCCGGCGCCGACGGCAAUGGCGAGGCUGAAAAAAAGGAGAAGGGCAAGGACACCAACACCAACACCAACAACACGACUACCCCCAAGAGCGCCUCCUCCGCCUCUUCCUCGGCGAAAGCAAGUGGCAGUGGCAGUGGCAUGGGCACGAGUGCGAGUGCGAGUGCAAGAAAGGAGAGCGAGUUCAUGUACGACCUCGAUUGCGUGGUGGUACACCAGGGCGAGCAUGCGCAAAACGGCCACUACUUCGCCUUCUGCCGCCAGGACAACAAGUGGUUCCGCUUCGACGACGAGAUCGUCAGCGCCACCACUACCGAGGACGUCCUGCGCCAGGAGGCCUAUCUCCUUUUCUACAGCUUGCGCAGUCUGGAGAAGAUCUGA